CCUUAUAAACACGUGAUAAUUUUGAACAAAGAUCUCACAUCGACGUUGUCUACAAAAGAUUUGAUACGUGAUUUCGGAAUUUAAGAAUUUCCUCGAUAUUUCUUGUGGAUUGGAGGAGUUAUUGCAGCCUCGAUAUUUUCUGCUCACUCUGUCAUGAGAUUGCUUUCUGCUGCUGCGCUGAGAGCACCAGAGGAAACAGAUGCAGCGUAAAGGCUAAGAUGAAGAGACAUAUAUAUAAGAAUCGAACAUCCAAAGUUUUGGUUGCUUUCAUUGCAAAUAAAUUGUUUUGAUUCAUCUGGUGGUCGGUCCCAGGGUGGAAGAUUGCAUUUCAUUUCAUCAAGCAUGAAACUUGUCAACCUCUUCGCGUGACACGAAAACCACAAAUUGGGAAAGAAGGAAAGAACGAUUUGAUAAGUCAAUCGAGGAAGAUGCAACUACCCGUGAAGUGACCGACCUACCUACUACCUACUACCUACCUACCUACCUACCUAACUACUUCGUCCUUUGAUCUUUACUUUUCUCUUCUUUCUUGAAGUUAGAAGAUACUCAAUAGCAACAUCAUUUCUGUGAUAUCAUUGUCAGUACAGCUUGAGGUAUUGGUUCAUAAAGUUCAAAUGAAGAUGAUUUCUUCUAGCAAUUACCGUUUCGGAGGCAUUUGUCUUGUCGUAUUUAUCUUCAUUUACGCAGUUUGGUCUCCUUUUAAAGGCUUUGUUUCUGACAAUGUUGUGGUUUCAUCUAAACCAAAGAUAAUUGAACCUGGAGAAAGGUAAUAUCCAUAACUUAUCUAUGGUAUGGCUGUUCUGACCACCAAAAGUGCCAUCAAACAUUAUCUAGGUAGCAAAGACUGUGGAAUUUUACAAUCGGACAUAUAUCAUGUACCAUACCCCGCCAAACCGAAUGUUUCGCCUUUCUGCAAAAAUAGGGCAACACUAUUAGAAGCUUUGGGUAGUGGAGGCAGACAUGGAUUCGAUGAGCCAUAUGUUGGGAAGGGUGAGAAUGCACUCUACCACUUCCUGAAAAUAGCACUCACAGAUAUAGGUUGCACAUAUCGAUGGUUUUCAACAUCUGAAAUAUGUAUGAUCCUCGAACGAUUCAGCGCUGUUGUGUUCCUCGGUGAUGAGACGGCUCAAACUAUUUAUGCUGCUCUCAAUGUCUUCCUGCGAGAAGAUAUAUCCCACGGUGGCUUGCAGGAAUGGAUGAUGACGGAUGAUGAACGAAUUGCUUGCAAAUGUGAUGCUCAAUUCUUGGAUAAUAAUUGUCUCGGAUACUCUGUCAAGAACUUUGAGGAAGUCAUCAAAAAUGAAGCAAAUGACCCGAAAGGAAGCCCAUAUGCAUGCCAAAGUAAGAUUUCUUCAACUCUUCUUCAGAAUAGGAGUUUAACAUAAGAUCUAGGAACUCCACAUGCCUACAUACCUUUCAUGACCACACCUGCGUCAUCCGCUGCCAUAGCUACAUUUCAAUCCUUAGCAUACCAAAAACCAGAUCCUUGGCAACCUACUCCCGUGAUAUUUUCUCUCGGUCAUAGAUUUUCCCACGAUAUGAAGUUUUCCGUAGAUUCGAUAAAUGAAUGGAUAGGUAUCACCAACGGUGCUGAACGCAAUAUUCCAAUAUUACUUCUUGGUCCUACUGCCUACGGUGUCUCAAGACAAUCAAGUAACGACGGUAACAUGGAGAUAUGGAAAUACCAAGAAGAAUUAAAUAGAAUCGCCCCUGACAAGCAUAUGGAUAUUCUUCGACUUUGGAAUUUGACUAUACAAGCGAGUAGUACGGAUGGAGAAAGAUACGGGGAGAAGGUUGCGUUGGUUCAAGCUAUGAUGAUUAUUAAUUGGUUGGCGAAGCUGGAAACUUCUUAGGCUUAAUUUGAGGUCUGGCUUGAAGAGAGAUAUAGGUAUACAUAUUCGGAUAUGACGAAGGAAGAAGGAGAAUAGAAAUAGCUAUAGUUAGUUCAUCUUGUAUGUCUGUCGAGGACAUAGGUGGUUUCAAUACGUACAGUUGUUUCCCUCCUCGUCUGUACAGAUAUGCUUUUUUAAGCUUGAUAUUUUUAAAGUUUUAUUACAUCAAGUAACCAUAAAUAGCUAGUUAUAGAUGAUUUAUAAACACUUUUAAACCAAAGAAACUUGAGA